AGGAUAAUUCAAUGACCCCCAACAAUAUCCUAAAUUUGGAAUAUUACAACAACAUCGCUUUAGCUUUACCCCAAAAUGAUAAACAUUUUUGUACCCUGAGUUGUAGUUGUACACCCUACAAAUAAAGUUUUCAAGAUGGCGUGAGCUCUGAGCUCCAACGUCAGCAAAAAAUAUUUCAUCCCAAAACAUAAAUUCCAAAAUCUCCUGAUUUGUUCCAGCACCGAAAAUUAUAAAGCCAUGAUAGUCGAAAAGCUCGAUUUCACGGAAAGAAUCGAUUCCGUCACCUUCAACGCCUACGCCCGGGAGUCCUCCCCCUACCCGAAAGAGCUUCCCGACUUCGCCGGCUUACAUUGGACAGAUCUGGUGCAAUGGCUCUCCGAGUCGGUUGGGGUGCUCGCGAAGGAAAUCCCGGUGGGCGAAAUCAUCGAUAUCACCGUCGUGCUGAAAGGCGGGGAAAAACGGUCGGUCCAAUUCCACAAUGGACCCCCUUCCAUCGAGGCGGUGUACGGCCCCGGUCUGCUCUACCGCGGCCAGCACGGGGUCAUCUACACGACGAGCAUGGGCAGCUUGCUCCCCGGAGCGGUUAUUUCGGGUGGGAUGGACAUAGCUGGUGGUGCCAGCGCUGUUGGGAGUGCAGCAGCAGCAGCUUCCUCGACUAGUCCCACAGUCCAACCCCGAGCACCAGAGGUGACAUCAGUCCAAUUUGAUCAGAUCAUUCAGAAAGAAGGAGUUGCAAAACUUCCCUCUCUUCGUUCCGUCGGCGCGGGCAGAGGGUUGCUGGACUAUUUCUCGACAGGAGGGGAAUCUUCAGCUGGGCACGACAAGACAGAGCAGAUCAAUUUGACGGGGAAGCUAGAAUUGGAUUUCAACCGCACCGCGAUGAGCAAGAGACUCGACUUCCCUUUACAAAAAGCGCAUCAAUCGGUGAAGUUUACAACCUCGGAUGGCAGCACGAUCAUCCCGGAGUACGAUGGGUCGAACAUAAUCGUCGCGUUUUUCUACGAGUUGAAUGCCUAUUUCAUCUACGCGUUGGACACUCUGUACCUUUUGAAGCCUAUCCAGUCCUCGCUCGCGCUCACGACCACCGCGGCCGCCGCCCUCAGCGCGACCCUCUCCGAUUCCUUCCGCGGGGUCAAAAUUCUCGCGCUCCACGUGCACAACAGCUGCGGAUUGCUGAAAUUUUGUUUUCGGGAAAAUUUCAAGAACAUCCAGAUGCUCAACGGGCUCGACCUGAAGCACGCGGAGGAAAGUUCGACGUUGCUGACCAAUUUGGAAUACUACGGACACGAGGUGGGCACGCAGCUGUUUGUGGUCAAAAAUUCCGUCGGAAACGUGAUCGGGAAAGUGGUGAAGGGAACAGGAAGGGUGGUGAAUGACGCCGGGGAGGUAUUGAGGAGAUAGGAUUUUGGGUUUUGAUGGUGUUCUGUAUGAAUGCACAUAUAGUGAACAGUUGUGUAUAUUGAUUGCAUUUAAGUAUACCAUUUUGCGUCUGUGAAAGUUACGCGCAGAACUUCAUGCGCGCAUGCAUCUGUGCGAUCGUCACGCGAGCACGUGUUUUGCAUGAUUUUUUCGUGCGCACUAUUGAUCGACGAUGAUGCAGGUACAUACAACCUUGAAAGUGCGUGAGUUUUACACUUAAGUAAGUACUUGCAAAGCAAGGAAAUAGAAAUAGUUUUACUCUUCUACAAAACCACCCCAAUCCUUCAGGUGAUCGGCCACGUUGUUGGUGAAUUCGGUCUCGUCGUUGACGCCACCGGCAAACUUCUAGGGAAAGUCUACACGGGCGCCGGCCGCAUCCGCCACGACAUCAUCGGUGGGUUGUCCGGUCUUUCCGAACUCACCGUCUUCGAUUAUGGAUGUGUCAGAGUUGAAAUCGACAAAGUUGAAAGGAUUUGCCAUGCAUAAAAUGCGACACAAAGACCGACUCUAUUGCUGAAGGCGCAAGGGAGGCAGAUUCUAGUGCUGGCAAGGGUCAGGAAUUGGGUUGCUGACUAGCAUGACAGGGAGCAGCCAUCUUGCCCGAAACAGCAUGACAGACGUGCUUCAGAGGCCAGGAAAAUUUGUCAUGCGCCGAUUGGAAACUGUGGGCCCAACUGGUAUAGAUUUUAUGCAUCACAAAUUAUUUCAACUUUGUUAAUGUCAAUCCUGACAGUUCCAUAUCGAUUCCGCUGGCCGGCAGAUUGGCACGGUGGUGGACCACACGGGCAAGGUCCUUAACCACGCCGGCCAAGCUAUCGGCAAUGUCGCGACCAGCACCGGCCAGGUGGUGAGCAAAACGGGAAAGUUUUUGGGCUCGUUGCCGGGAAAAGGGGUGGAGAAGUUGGGGAUCAUCAAGUCCUAUCAAAUGUAAAAAUGUCUGGGUCUGGAAGGGUUGCCACUUGUGAUGCAAACUCUGGAACACACAAAAAUUUGUGUUGCAUGAGCGCCAAAAGCUGUCCAUUUCUUGGCACGCAAGUAGGAAGUUUCUCAUGCGGGACAGGCAUCAUGAGGCGUGCUCAAAACCUGUGAUGCUUUUGCCUGCAUCAGACGCCACUUGCGUGAUCCGAAAUAUGCAUGACAAAUCUCAGAAUCUUCCAGACCCAGACAUUUUUACAUUUGAUAAGUCCAAGGCUGAGGACAUGUUCCACAUCAAAUCGCUGGUUUUACACCCGUAUCAAAUGCAAAAAUGUCUGGGUCUGGAAGAAUGCAACUUGUCAUGCUAAAUCUGAAACAUGCAAAAAUCUGUGUUGCGUGAUUACCAAAAGUCGUCCAGUUUUGGCCAAGUCGGGAGGGAGUUUCUCAUGCAGGAUAGGCAUGAGAGAGAGUGCACAGAAUCUGUCAUGCUAGCUCCGGCAUUCCAGACCUCAUGGGUCAUGGAAAAGCAGCAUGACAAAUCGCGCAUUCUUCCAGACCCAGACAGUUUUACACUUGAUAACCCGGAGAAGGAAUAUGAGUUCAGCGGGAGCUUGACUUUACCGGAGAUGCCGAGAGUUCCGUCGUUCCACGCGCCGGAAUUGCCGGACGUGAAGAUGCCGGAACUUCUGCCCGAGAUGCCGGAUGUGAAAUUUCCCGAAUUGCCGGAUCUUCCCGCCAUGCCGAAGGUGGACCUGCCGGAAAUGCCGAGUAUGCCGGAAAUGCCAAAAAUGGAUAUGCCUUCCAUGCCGGAAAUGCCAAAAAUGGAAAUCCCUUCUAUGCCGGAGUUACCGAAAAUGGAAAUGCCGUCCAUGCCGGAAUUACCGAAAGUCGACCUGCCCUCAGUACCCAAAAUGCCGGAGAUGCACAUGCCUUCCAUGCCGGAGAUGCCUUCCAUGCCAGACCUCACCUCCAUCCCGGAGCUUCCGAAAGUCGACCUGCCAAACAUGCCGCAGCUCCCCGACCUCCCAAGUGUCGUCCCCGAGUUCGAACUCCCCAAGCCGCACUUUUCCAAGAUCAAGCUGCCGGAGCUGCCGGACUUACCGGUUUCUCUCAACUGGAACGACAUCGACGUGUCUUCCAGUCUCUACACCCAAGUCAAGGACGCGGGUGGGCAGAUCGUCGGCCACGUCAUCGACACGGCCGGCCAUGUGGUGGAUCAAUCCGGAAAUUUGCUCGGCAAAGUGAAUGACGAGGCGGGACAUGUGGUGGACCACUUCGGCCGGUAUCUGGGGGAGAUGCAGUUCAAGAUCAACAUCGAGGUUACGAGAGAAAGGGAAAUUCUUCUCCCGCAGUUACCAGCGAUUGGUUCCUCCACCGAUCACAGCAGGCACGACGUGAAGGAGUUUGCCUCCAGUUUCUCCGACUGGUUGAUGUCCGGGUACGAAACCGUCACCGGGAAAUUCGCGCGAAAUAACAAGCACGAGUUGGCGCAUGAAAUCCACGAGAAGGAACACGAACUGUUGUUACCCGUUCCAAUCCGGAAACAUACGGACUACACGAAGGAGGGGACAAGACUCGAACACGGGUCCGAGCACAAGAUCGACCGGUCCUUGUCCCAAAAGAUCGAAAAUGACUUCCCACAGGAGUGGUUCCGCGCGGAAUCGAACUGUUUACCCGUGAGGAACAUCGAGAAAACGUACGGGCGGAUUGAAAGAAGCUACUUGAACCGCGGGUCUGUACACCUGCACGUGUCAGACUUCAAGGACCUCGUCACGUCCAAAGUGAAACCGGGCGCGGUCUUGUACGGGGUCAUGAACGAGGAGCGGAAACUCUUCUGGUGGGCGUUCACCCGGCAGGGCGGGGAAUUCUUGUCCGGGAUUGCGGAUCAGAAUGGGUUGGAGAAAUUGAAGGAGCAAUACGGGUCGGAAUUGAUUCUAUCGGAUUCUGACUUAUCCGCGAGUUAUUUGAUCUCCGAAAAGGUCCGGAACCUCGAGGUGAACCCGAUCCUGAACGUGUUGCGCUCAAGAAGCACGCCGGAUGCGAAAAUCAAGAUCGAAAAGAACUGGUCGGGACAGAAGAUCGAAAACGCGAUCGAGCGGGAUUGGAACAACGGGCUGCUGAUGCAGCGGUCUUACACGGACGAAAACGAUUUUAAGAACGGCGCAGUAGAUUCUGACUUUCUUCUCCGCAAACAAACCACCCCGUGGGAGUUCAGAUCCGGAGCGGAGAAGCUCCGCUUCGACAGUUUGGGAAAGCCAGGGAGAAUCGGGUUACCAGAGAAUUCCGAGAACCCACUCAAAACAACGCUCAGCCCCUCUGCGGUGGAUUUCCGCGCCACUUUUGAGCAAGAGUUCUUGAAGCGGCAAUCUGGUUCUUUCGGAAACGAAGACGACCCGAUCAUGAAGCAGCUGAAGCAGUUGUUAGCCGAGGACCUGGAGAAGGCGAACCAAUCCAUGAAGCGACUCGCUACGGUGCGGCCAGCAGACGUUCCCUCCAUCGGGCAAAAAGUGUACGGCGACCUCGGGAAUUUCGUUUCUCGGUUCCGGCAAAUGCUCAACGGUCCGGGCUGGUCUCUCCAAGGUAAGAAAAUCGGCGGCGGGGAGUACUCCGGGUCGGUAACCCUCUCGGUCCCGACGUUGCCCGGGUUCGGAGAGAUUCUCCGAGUGACAGAUGGGACUGGCAGGAAGGUCAAGGCGAUUCCGGAAAUUGUGAAGUUAACCGAGUCCGCAAUGGUCCUGGAGCCGAUUCCUGAGCAUACGGAGCUGUUUCAGAACAUCAAUGUUACUGGUGAGGUGAUCCACACCUUGAAAAGAGUCGACACGGGAAAGGUUAUUUCGGAAGAAAUCGUCGGGAAGGUGUUGCGCAACCCCUCGCAAAUCGGCACGAAAAUCGUCCGCGCAGUGACAGGGUCAACAUCUACUUCCGAGGAUAUGAAGAUGACCACGUCCGACAUCCCCGACCAGUCGGCUUCCGCUAUGAGCAGUUUGGUGCGAAGUUCGACGACCGACAACGACAAUGUGGUCGAAAUGAUGGCCAAUACAACUUACGACAGAACAUCAAGCAACAACGUUUUCACCGCGGUGCAACCGCAGAAAAUGGACAGUUUAUCCAGAACUUUAACCGCGCCGGGGAAGAAAGUCUUGUCCCACGGGUCCAACACGGUCAUGUUCAAGGCAGAGGGGACAGUGACAAGUGGACAGAACACAUCAACGACAGCUGUUGUUGAACCGCAACCGGCUAAGUACUUCGCCGUGAACCAGGACGACGGGAAAGUAUUCUUUCCGAAGACACAGUCUAGAAGUGCUGUUCCUGCUACUGGAGCUACUAGCGCCGAGGGCUCCUCCGCGUCGAUCGAGCUUUCCUUCGCGGAGAACUUUUUCCACGAUACCAACGAGAUCGCCAACCAGGUGCAGAAACUCAUCCGCGACGAGGCGGACCACUUGCAGCAAAUCGCCGAGGCGAAUUACGUCACGGUCAAGGACGCAAGUGGACACGCGUUGCAAACUCUCCCUGUUGUGGUCGAAGUGACGAAGGAAACUUUGGAGGAAACCGUCUCCGACAUGGCAAGGAUUGCGCAACUCGGGAAAACAGAAUUCUUGUCUGCAGGGAAUGAAAUUUUAACGAACGUGAACAACGAAGUCUCUCGCACGGGCAAAAACAUCGGACAGCUUGUCGACGCGACGCAAAAAACAGCUGCCAAUUAUGCUCUCACUAAUGACACGUUGAACCAACUCACCACCGAAGCGCAGCAAUUGGAGCAACAGCUGGAGAAUUUUAUCCGCCAACCAUCUUUAAAACGCCGGUUCCAGGGGAAUCAACUGAUCCACUACAUGACCGAUUCGGCCGGGAACGUGAUUGAGAAUUCCCAGAAGGUGAUCGGGGAGGUCGCCGAGGAGCAGAUGCGGAAUCUCGAGCAACUCGGGAAUUUGUCCCAAACCGCAGAUCUGAACUCCAGUUUCAUCAUUACGUUGAAAGACGAAGCGAGCAACACGCUCAACUACGUGGUGAACAAAGCCACGGGGGAAAUUUUGGAAGACAGCAAGUGGCUGGCGUCGAAGGCGCCGACGAGUGACGUGUUCGAGUAUUUGGUGGACAUCAAACUGUUCACGGAUGAGGAUUUGCUUUCCAUUUUCAACCGCCUUGUCCGUUCCGCUAACCACCAGGCAAAGACCGUGGUGGACGCCUCGGGGCAGAUGGUCCACCAAUUAGUGGACAAAACCGGGCGGGUUGUCUCCGGCUCGCAGAGAAUCGUCGGCACUGUGAAAUCGACCUACGACUUGGCAAAGCACGCCGAGGAAGCGGCUCUGGGGAAACUGUACGCUUAUGGCGAAGAAUUGUUCAUCGCGAAUAAACAUAAAUGCGGGGAACAAGUAGCCACGUUUAUCCCGAAAAGCUCCCCCUCCACUGCCGGAGAAAUCCCGGCGUUGGAGAGGCUCGCCGGCGUGGGGCUCGACGGUCUCGCGGGACUCAAGGCGGGCGCGGUCGCCGCCGCAGACGCUGCCGGGAGUUUAACCCAUUAUGUCGUCGAGUUCAACGGAACCAUCGCCCACUACGUGACUGACGGGGCUGGAAGAGUCGUUUACGGGACCGAGCAGCUGACGGAGGCAGUCGCCUCUGACCUGCAAAAUCGAUUUACACACUUGAUCCACGAUGACCUGGGAAACGUGACGUUGGUGUUGAAAGACGUUUCCGGGCAGAUCAUCACCGGAACAGAAAAAUCCAUCGGGAAUCUGAAGUACGAAUUGGUCGAGACCUUGGAGAAAUCCAACCUGAAACUGCACGAAAUCGUUUCCCUCACCGGGGAGAAGAUGCAAGUUUUGGUCGAUUCCACCGGUUCCGUGGUUUCCUCUACCAAUCACGCGCUGCACGACUUCUACGACCACACAGUGAAGGACUUGGCGAGUGCCAUGGUGAAACACGCGAAGUCCGCAGUGCAUAGAACCGGGGCGUUGACCCAGGAUUUGGCGCAGCUACUGGUGAAUGUCUUGAACGGGGGCGUUGAUUUGCUAAAAUUCGCUCUGGAUGGCGCGGUUUCCAUCAUCCGCAUGCCGUAUGACGGGUUUGUGUACUUCUUCUCUGGGUCGGUGGAAUUUGUGAGGAGCUGGUUCUACGAAAACGUGGUGUUAUCCAAGCCGGUGAAGAGGGUUUUAGUCUUCAUUUUCCCCGGAUUGGACGAGGAAUGGUCGCUGACGAUUUCGGGGGAGAGGAGAAAUAAAGUGUUGGAAGUAGUAGAACAAGGGGCGGCCACGACGACUGCUGCCACCAAAGCCGGAACCACCGGAACUUCGAAAACCAGCAAGGGUCUGUACGGACAACUGAUCCAUUCCGAACACUUGCAGAACCAAGACCACUACAACCCCUACGAACACGAGUACACCGGGACGGCUGGGCAACGACCCUACAGCACCGCCUCCCUCCGCACCAGGCGCGCGCCGGAGGUCGAUGGGCUAUUUGGGAAGGAUUUUCUGCAAAGAGUUUCCAAGCAGGUGGAUAAAGCUUUCAGAAACUUUUUCCAAACACUGCUCGAUUUCUUGAAGCAAUCCGGGAUGUUGGUGUGGAAUGUGGUUAAAAACUGUUACCAACUGGUUGCCUACCCUGUCAAGGUCGUUUACCGAGCUGUGGCGGACCAAGUGACAAUUGUGUCGACGAGGGUGAAGCAAGCGACAGCGAGAAGUUCUGGUGCAGCAGCUAUGCGGCCGGGAAAAGGGAACAAAUCCGUUGAGGAGCUUUUGAAAUACGAAGAAGGCGAUUUCGUGAAGCGAAGCAACCGAACUGGAGCUGCUAGUACCGCGACUGUGACUGCGAGUGCAACAGCACGAACCGCUGGCGGACCUCCACCAACCGGUACGUCUUCCUCCACCUCCCUCGCAACUUCCGCCUCUUCCGCAGUGAAUUCUUUCGGGACAAUUGUCAUCCAGACCUUCAACGGUUUCUACGAAUUCACGAUCACGAAGACAGUGGAAUUUGUGAGAAUCACAAAAAAACUUCGCGACCAAACCAUCAAGCAGCUUAUGCAUUGCAAAAGUAUCGUACUCGUAUAAAUGCAUGACAAAUUUCCUCAGUAUGAGAUAUCAAAUUUGUCAUGCGGAUUUACCUUAAGCAAAAGAUUUGUAUUGCAUGCUUGCAAUUACUACGAGUGCGAUACUUUUGCACAGGAUACAGCUGACCGGGUACCAAAACCCCGACCAGCUUCUGAAAGCCCUGCAAGACAACGACAACGUUGGCUUGCUUAUCGGGACCCCACUGAUUCUUCUUUUCGCCCACGAUUGCUACUUCCGGUGGAUCAGAGCGAAUCCGAAGAACUGUUUGCGGGCGGAUCGGAAGAUCUGGUUUUUGCCGGAGUUACUUCGACAAUUCCGAAACUACUACGUCUUCAACUAUGGCAGAACCGACACGGAAUCGUUCAAACUCGCGGUCAGAGCUGCGUUCGACGAGGCGACCGAGGAAAAGUUUCCGGAAUUCAUCGUCCACGGAGCUCCUUCGCAACACCAGAGCCAAAGGGUCACGACUUUGUACGUGCCCUUGCCCUACCCGAUGCGGCACCUAGUGUUGACGGAAGAUCCGGAGUGCUUGGAUUUUGUCGAGAAUAAGAACAAGGAGAAUUGGCAGUUCGCGGAUGUUCCCGAGAAGGAUCUCGCUGCUGCGUUGCUCUUCGACAGGGACAACAAAAAUUCUACUGCGAAUUAUACACCAGGAUUCGCCCAGGAGCAGAAGAUUUUGAUCGAGAAGUACAAGAACGAGAUUGUGAAUGAGUACAUUCUGGGGGUGUUUCAAAAACAAGCAAACAAAUUUGUCGACGUUUUGCUCUCCCAGUCCCGCGCGGUGAAUUUCGGGAACGAAAACAACAAUGCGAAUGCGAACAAAAAACUAAUCGGGAAUGGGACCGAGCCCGUGUCCACCUGGACGGACCGCAUGCUGAAGAACGCAGAGGACAAGAGCGGGAGGGUGUUACCGUCCACGGCUAGUACCAUCUGGCGGCCGUUGGCGUCGUCUGUCGGGUAUCGCGGGUCUUCCGAACGGCAGGACAGCAGCGAAAUUUUGCUCCAGCGGGACAGCAACGUCGAUGAAUUGACGUUGCGGUACUCGCUGGACAGGAGUUCUUCUUCAACUGCGGAUAAGAAAGCGCGGCAGACCACUAACAUUAAAACGGGAGCAGGUCCUCGGCCAACCACCUUUGCAGACUCCAAGAUCGACCGAGACAGCGGGUUAUGCAUUGCAAAAGUUUCGUACUAGUAUCAAUUGCAUCACAAACUAUUUCAGGAAGAAAAAUGCAAUUUGUAAUGCUGUUUUACCUUAGGAGGAAGAUUUGUCUUGCAUGUUUGCAACUAGUACGAGUACGAUACUUUUGCACAGCAUACGGCUACAAUUUCGAACCCGAAUCCACUGCGGGUUUCUACGGUGUGGAGUACGGCCGCGCGACGGCGUUCUUGCCCCGAGCGGGGCGGGGUACGCAACGGAGUUCGGCCGCUGCCGAGGACGGUUUGGAGCGGAUUAGUGAGGAAAAUGAGCCGAUCAGCGGCGUGCAAAAUACAAGCACAAGGCAGACCAACAUCAAACUCGAACCGAACAGCAAUUUUUCCUUUGGCCCUCAGAACCCGAAUUUCGCCCUCCAGUCCGGCAAUAUGAGCACACAGAGUCUUUCAUCCUCGGGUGGUUCUUCCGACAAGAAUGCUACUUCCAGUCGCCAAUCCAGCCAGUACGUCCAAGCAGGGCAGCAGCCGUUGGUUCAGAGACAGCCGUUUUCUUUGAGAAGCUACGUGCUCUCCGGUGUGUACGAUGUGUCCGAAUUUUUCCAGGCACUCUGGGCGAUUUUCCGGGACGUGAUUCGCGCUGUCGCGAACUAUUUGACCGGAAGUACUAGUGCGACAGGAAUAUUGACUGGCGGCUCUUCCGCCCGCUCGCGCUCGCAACUUCUGACCGUGACAAGCAGUGGAACUACUACACAGGCACAGUCGCACCGCAGGAACAGCAGCUCGGUUUCUGUCUUCUCGGAUGUGUUUUCCGAAAACGCGGGCUUCGUGCGGCAGGUCGCCGAAAUCCCCGUUGCGGUGGUCACGAUCGUGGGGAGGAUCAGCUUGAACAGCUUCAACUCUCUGUUUUCCUUAGUUCGAGACGACGGGACAAGCGCGACCCGGUACACGCGCACGAUGGAAAACAUUCCGAAGAACGACAACGCCACCGUUUCGAUCAAUCGCUACCGGACGAACAACGAAAAUUUGCUGCCGGCGCGCGGAAUGAACAACGCACGGAUAAACCAAGACCUGCCGCAAUCCCCGUUGGCCAGGGAAAUGAUGACCUUGUAUGCGAACAACUUGAGCCGGUUUUACUCUUCCAAUGCUUUGAACUCGUCCGGGAACAUAUCCUGAGUAAAAAUGUACCCACACCAGAGUUGUAAUGCAGAUUUGCAAAGACAGGAAGACCUGUAAUGCGCAUCCCCAUGAGAGCCAUUUCCAGUCGUGUUUUGGAAUUUGUGAUGCUGUGAACAGGAUGCGCAGAUGAAUCUGUGAUGCGGCUGCACUUGCUAACUUGCACUACGUUACGGACUGAAACUUGUCAUGCGUGACUCACAAAGCUCCUAGGUUUGUGUUGCAAAAUCCCCAUCCUGACUCUGGUGUGGGUACGUUUUUACUCACGAUAGAACAAGCACAGCGAGCGAGCGACCCGGGGGGACGAAACGGAGUUUCUGGGCAGCAGUCAGCUCCUGGGUUCGAUGUUUUCCCCGGCGAGCUCGCGGGAGCAAACAGGAAUUCUUUCGUCUCCGGGAGAACGCCCGCGGUCGACGCGGUCCACGGAGUUCGCGCCCAUUUUAGAGGAACCGUUCGGGGGACUGGGAACUAAUGCUAAUGCUAUUCUGAGUAAAAACGUCCCCACCCCAGAGUUGUCAUGCAAUUCUGCAUGCCAAAAAAGUUUCUCAUGCGGAGCCCCAUGAGAAGCAUUGCCUAGUCGUGUUUUGGAAUUUGUGAUGCUAGAAUCAGCAUGACAUGCUAGGUUUGUGAUGCUGCUGAAGUAGCGAAACAGGAACACACUAUGAGGGCAAACUUGUCAUGCGAAACAGCGAAAGCUGGUUGAUUUGUCUAGCAGAUUUCCCAUCUUGAGUCUGGUGUGGGGACGUUUUUUCUCCGGAUAAAUGCUGACAAGAACAUUAGUGCGGGUCAAGCAGCAAAGCGCGGCACAUCUUCAAAUAAGGUCGCCAUCAAGGCCACGACAGCCGCGGCCAGAACGUCGACCGUUGCGGCAGCAGCGUCGUCCGGAACUACUCCUUCGACUGGAAAGGGAAACAAGCGUGCAACCGUCGCUGCUAUUCCAACAACAGCAGCUGCCCAGCGUGAGCGGUCUGCCCCGCCGAAGAUGCUGGCCGUUAGGUCGAAAACUGGGCCGGGGCAGUAUGAAAGCCUCAGGUUGGAAAUCCUCAAAGUGAAAAUAAUUUGUAAUGCAAAAAAGCGACCCCAGUUGAAGCGGCAUUUGUAGUCGGCGCAUGACAAAUUUCCCGGGCACUUAAAGCAUGUCUGUCAUGCAGGUUAAGGCAAAGGGGUGCCCUUCUCUCGUGCUGAGCAGCACUCCAAUUCUUCACCCCUAGCAGAACAAUAGUCGGCCUCCAUUGCGUUCUCUGCAAUACAGUCUUUUUGGUGUCGCAUUUCAUGCAUCACAAAUUAUUUCCACUUUGAGGAUUUCCAACCUGAGGCUUUCAUAGCCAGUUGCAAGGGCCGCGGAGCUUGUCAAAACCAUAUCAAAUGCAAAAAUGUCUGGCUCUGGAAGAAUGCAAACUUGUGAUGCUGCGUUUGGAUUCUAAAAAAAUGUGUAUAUGCAUGAGCAGCAAAGGGAAUGCAAUUUUUGCUAUGCGGAGAGGGCAUUUGUCAUGCAGACUAGGCAUCAAGAAGCCCUCGCGAAAUCUGUGAUGCUGGGGCAUGCAUCACUGACAUCAUGGCUCACACAAAACGUGCAUGACAAGUUUCAGAAUCUUCCAGACCCAGACAUUUUUGCAAUGCAUAAACCAGUGACGGGGACAAUUCCCGUGAAAAAGCAGGACAGUAAGGAGACCAAGACUGUCGCGGUUUUGGGAACAACUGCAACAGAAGCGGGCACAUCAAGUAGUGCGUCUGACCCGCGGCGCAUCCGCGUGAAGGCAAAAGUGAACGUGAAAGUGCGGUCACCCUCGGAUAAUUCUGCCAGCCCAACGCCGGACCGAAUCCGCAUGCAGGUGAACGCGCGAGUCAGGCCGAAAUCGCAAUCGGGUGUUGGAGGAGGUGCAGCAGCUACAACGCUUUCCUCGACCGCUAGUGUCAAUGCGAACGAUGCUCCUGCGAAUGAUGCUCGGAGCAGCAAGAAUUCUACUACGGAUGUUGGAAUUAUAGCAGACAACACGAACAAAGCUCGCAGCUCCACGAAUUCCAGCCGUGCACCGUCGGCGACGCGGAUCAGCGGCACCCAGCCUGCUCUGUUUUACCGGGAGAGUAGCAAAAAUCCAAGCUGGUUCGAAACCUCAUCGAAAAUAAGUGGCGGAUCGUCCAAAGCGUCUCUUCUUUCCUCCGUCGAACAGCGAGGGCGCAGCAUGAACAGCGGUGCUAGUGUAAGAAAUGAAGUUCACGCUCCUCCUUCUGAAAAUGAUGUUCCGUCCCACCGGGGUCCUGGUGGGUUUUUGUUUUACGGGGAAAGAGAGCAAGACGAGGAGGACAAUGCAGAUAUUGAGAUCGACAUAAGUCAGUCUCCAAUGAAUAUCGCGACCCGGAACAACAUGAACAACAUCCCGUUGGCUGUGCAAAUGAACCUACCUGAGGAAUUGAUGUUUGGCGGGACCACUACUUCCGGCGCUUCCCCAUUUAAUCUUGUCGACAGCAUCGAUAGCGCGAGCUUUGGCACCAGCACUCAAGGACCUACCACCCUCGACAUUGACGUGACCCCGCCGUGGACUUUUGACACGUUGUUGCAGGACGAAAACGAUGACAAAUUUCUGGCGAUCUUCUACGACGAGAACAAAAACGUCUCCCGGACCCCAAAAGUCGUGGUGUCGAGUACGAAACGACUGGCCAAGCCGGAGGGCGAAGCAACUGCUGGCACCGUUCGUGUGAAGGCCACUGGGAAGGUGACCGCGAGGACUGCGGCUGCACCUCCACUCUCCGCGGGCAAUCUGAAAACCACCAGCCGGCCACUGAAACAGGACUCAGUAGGCAGUGGUUCAUCUGGAUCGGACAAGAAAACAAACGUGUUCGGCGUUUUGUCAACACAACAGAACGAGAAGAAUGAUCCGACUAAGAACAGAUACGACGCACUGCGCUCUGCAAGCACCUUCUCGAACGCCGACGACGUUCUCCGCCGGAACAGUUCGCGGCGGGAAAGUGAAAACGUCGGGUACAACAUGGAGGGCACAUCGUUGAACACGUCUGACAGUCCACAGGCCGCACCAAGUACUACAACAGCCCCCUUGUCCACGAGCAAAAAACCGCUCAAUAGUGCAAGCGGGGGAACGGGAACAAACAGGGUCUCCUUCCAGCGGGACUAUUUAACCGCAGAGAACAUCAACAAGCAGUCGCCGCGCGGACAGCAGGAGCCAACAGCCAAAGCCGCGAGUCAGGCGACAGUAGCUGCUCCUGCUCCGUCAAGUACGAAGAAAAAUACCAGUACCGCAAAGACGAAAUCGAAAAAGGCGCUGAAAAACCUGGGUUCAAUCUACAUAACGGAAAAGAAUAAUUAUCCGCAAAGUACUAACAGUUCUCAGCAGCUUGUGUCAGGAAAAAUCACGCCCAACGUGGACAUGGAUUUUCAGCUGCACAAGUACACACUGUCCACGAUGGCGGAAGUCACCUACGGCAACGAGCAAGCGGACACCUUACUGCAUGCGACGACCAUAUGGAUGUGUCAGAGUUGAAAUCGACAAAGUUGAAAUAAUUUGCCAUGCAUAAAAUGGAUGCCAGUUGGAACCCAGUUUUCAAGUGGCGCAAGACAAAUUUCGGUCGUCCCUAAAUCCACUUUGUCAUGCUGUUUAGGCAAAGAAGGGCGACUCUCUUAUGCUACUUUAGCAGCUCGACCUGUAGCCCCAAACAGGCUUACAAUCGGCCCCACUUGCCUGCUCUGCAACACACGUACCUCGGGUCAUGCAUUUUAUGCAUUACAAAUUAUUUCAACUUUGACGAUUUCAAACCUGACGCUUCCAUAGACCACCAGUUACCACCCACUGCUGUACAAGUUCGCCGGCCUGGGGAACGUUGUGAAGGACCCGAAUAAUGUGAGGAAGUUCAUCCGGUACAUAUUACAAUGAAAAAUGCCCCCUCCCCAUAUCAAAACGGAAAUCUGUGAUGCAGAUUUGUGGUCACAAAUCAGCUUUGUGAUGCUAGAAGGCAAAAGAUGCGGACUGUAGUGCUGUCUAGCGUGGGAAAGCCUUGCAGCUCCAGGAUGACAGGAGGCAGCUGGAAGUGGGAAACAGCAUGACAGAUUGCCUGCAAUUUAGGCGGCCGCAGCUUCGUCUAUUGGCCUUCUAGCAAUACAAGUCGAAGUCGAUUUGUGUACUCAAAUACAGCAUCACAAAUUCGCGCAUCUUCCGUUUCCGAUAUGGGGUGGGGGCUUUUUUCACUUUGAUAGUACAACACCCAGCUUCCCGGCCUGAUCGGCGACCUGCGGGCUUACAGCACCAGCAUCGUCAACGACAGAAUUUUGGAGUUGAGCGAGCUGACAAGACGCCAGACGAACGCCAGUAGCGACUAUCAAAUGCAAAAGUGUCUGGGUCUGGAAGAAUGCGAGAUUUGUCAUGCUUGUCUGGCAUGACCGAAAAGUUUGUGAUGCGUGUUCAAGAAGAGACCCUUUUGCCUGUCAUGCAAAAACGCAGUUUGUCAUGCGAAAAACGCAACACAAAGAGAAAGAAGCGUAGAUAUUUCUCAUGCUUGGCUGUGCAUCACAGAGCAUUCACUAUUCCCAACGCAGCAUUACAAGUUUCCAGACCCAGACAUUUUUACAUUUGAUAGCGACUUUUUAACCCUGAUUCUGAAAGACUGUCUUUCCGUCGAGGCCAUGGACCGGCGGAUUGUAACCGAUUUCUGCCUGUCUUUACUCGCUUCCGAGUACGAAAUUGUUGCGCAUAUCUUGCAGUACAGUCUUUUCGAGUUGUCCAAGCACCCCCACGUUUUGCAAAAACUCCGCCAGGAAUUGGAUGCCACGCCGCUAACUGCUGGGAAUUUGUUGGGCACAACUUCCGGCAAGCUGAACCACAAACUCCCGUUCUUGAACAACGUGAUUCUGGAAACCAUCCGGCUGCACCCGAUGCCCAAGACGGACGAAAGAAGGGUGACGGUGUUCGAGUCGGAGGUAUUACCGGACGGAACCUUUUUCCCUCACACGGACAACGAAAACAACUGCCUUCUGUACUGCACCUCCUCCGCCAACAUUGCUACCUGGAAGUACGGAAACGACGCACAGUCUUUCGUGCCCGAACGCUGGUUCUACGUUCAAGAGAUCCCAAAAGAACUGCCCGUUCCAACUUUGUUGACGCUGUGUCACGUGAAGAUCUGUUUAGCGACGUUAGUGAGUAAGCUCGAUUUCGUUUCGACCGCGGCGACAACCGGGAUUUUCACGUCUAGGAAGGUGAAGAAACACUUGUUCAUGGUGGGGGAGCGGGGGUCGAUGGGGGUUUUCGCGAGGGAAUCACUGUUUUCAUCAUCGAGAAAUUCCAUCAGCACUGCUCCCGCAACUUCAGCGCCGGAAAUCAGUGCGCAACCUGCAGGGCCGAAUCCCGGUGGGAAAAAGGCUGGUAAAAAUAUUACCUCGACUGCUUCCUCGAAAACCGCCACGACCAGCACCAAAAAGGGCGCCGGUGUCGCAAGUCGCAUGAGCAGCACCAGUUCCGACAGCGAUUAUAUCGUGUACGCGCACGGCGUUGACCGGAUGGACGCGAAUAGCCAUAUGUCCGGGCUGAUGUCCGCGUCGAAUCAGACAGAAAAUCGGGAAACCGUGGGCACCUGGUUCCGGCAACAGGGGUCAAGCUUUCGAAAUUACGUUUCCAUGAACAGCGCGAGGUUUCUCCGGGCCUGCAGUUUCGAUUUCUUUUGAGUCAUGCUUCAACGCCGAAAGUGGCGAUGCUUUGAAAUUUUUUUAAUUUUUUUUCAUUUUUAGGAGCACUCUAGGUCUAGUGUUUGAAUCCUAUAGAAGAUGAAGAAGAUGAGGUUCUUCCGAGGUUUUUGUGAUCCUAAUUCGUUCAAAAUCAAAAAAACUCUAGUGUGUUUCACGAGCUUAACCCAACCAUUUUCUCGAUUCUGGUGUGUAGGGCUCGUUUUGUUUGAUAUUUUUUCCAUUUUUGCUAUAUUGCUUCUAAAAUACUUAUACUUAAAUUUUAAUUAAAUGCUUUAAACUUUGUUUAGGUGAUAACAUACUCUCGACUAAUAUCACGGCGGUCUCCUCCCACACGGGGCGCCGCCGAUUUCGAUCUUUUCAACAGCUUCCUUUACUUAAGCACCAAAUUAGAGCCUACUUUGCAAUCAAAUUGCGACUUAUCAUGCAUUUUCCAUACUCUUUCUCAUUGUGUAUCUUGAUUUUCCUAUAGUGAAGAGAUCGCUCAGUGUGUCGCUCUUUGCUUUGCCACAAUUCGAGAAUAACUAGAAGAAGAAGAAAUUUUUACAUCAAAUCCCAGAGCUCCUUUCGUUUCUCACAAGAGCAAGAGGAGCAAAUCAGUGUGUGUAUGCAGGUGCAAAUUUUUUGUCCACUGCUACUAAGUGGGAUAUUUGGUAGUUGUCUUGAAAAUCAAAGGCAAAGGGCUGAGAGAGACUAAACAAGCCUAGACUUCUUCUACUUUUCCUUCCUGACUGCAAAGCCAAUUUCUCUCCGAGAAGGCACGUGCUUCGUUCUUUGCUGGUCCUAGUACCGUCUGCCUACUAAAAACAUACUUGAAGCUGUUGUUCAACCGUGAAUGAAACCGAAGACAAAUACAAGUUUCA